AUUCAUUUACUUUCAUUCAUUGAAUUCUCUUGAUUAUUGUCUAUGAGCUCUUUGAAGAAAUGCCUUAAACAGGCUAAAACGUACAUAGAGGCAAAUGAUCCUGAAUCGGCCUUGGAAUACAUAGAUGACGCCUUGGAAUAUGACCCACAGAAUUACUUUGCCCUCAUAUUCCAGGGGAAAUCUUACCAAUUACUCGAUGAUUUGAACUUGGCAGCAACAAGCUUUGCUAAGGCAACAGAAAUUGAACCAGAUAACCUACUUGGUUGGAAGGGGUACUUCCAAAUCGCCAAAUCUGGCGAUAAUUUUGAAUUAUUCUUCAAGGUUUUAGCUUCAUUUUUACAAACGCAAAUGGAUCAAAAUUUACCUUUAGCUGAAACCAUUAAAGAUGCUAAGAACUACUUGGUAUACCACAACUUUAAGCUGAACUCUGGCUUAUAUGAAAAAUAUUUACGUAGUUUACUCCCUGAAGGUGGAGAAUUAUCUGAAUUUUCUGGCUUGUUCAUUCUGCCCUUGGCCGAAGUAUACAAGCAAUUGAUUGACUUGAUUGCCAAACAAGAACGUGCCAAGGUGAAUGAUCUUGUUGGUAAGGAAAAAUUGAGAUUACCCCGUAAUAUGACCGCUGAACAUAAGGCUAGAUUGAAUAAUGUCAAAUGGACUGUAUAUCGUACCCUGGACUUGUCUCAAUUGUACGAAUCCUUCAUCAACAUCUGUAAUGAUGACGAAGUAAGAUCUACCUACGAAGAAGAACUCUUGAAAUAUAAGUAUGAGCUCUUGUUGAGUGCGCCAAGUAAGGAGAAAAUUCAAAAGGAAUUACAAGAAUUGGUCGAAGGAAUGGUUGUAGUGAAACAUAAAAGUUUAUUAUGCUGGAGUUUAUACUUUGAUUGGAAAGAUGUUAAAAGCUUGGCUGAUUUGGAGCUUGAUAGUGUGAUAUAUUUCUUAAAGACAUUCCCCACUGAAGGAUUGGGGAUGGUCUUGUACGCAUUUGUAAUGAGUGAUUUGAGUCCCUUUGAUAGGAAGAAAAUCUUAAAGGAAUUAUCUAAAGGUAAUGAAAAGAAAAACAAAAAGAACAAGAGUGCCAGUGAUGAAGAAAAUGACGAUGAUAUAGAACUUCAAAAAUUGGAAACUCAAGAAACAGAACAGUCGGACGAAGAGAUGGUUGCGCUUCUGUCUGAAGUUAACCCCAAGCAAACACUUACGAUUCUUACUGAAGGGUUUGAUCUUUGUCCACAAUCUAUUUUUGCUAGUAGAAUUGUAUGCAACUAUUACAUUCAUCUUCGAGAAUACGAGGAAGGUUCUUUGAGAUGUCGAGACUCAAUCCGGUUGCUUGCUGAUUUGCAGAGAUCCACUGGAGUUGAUCUUGUGAACACACGUGAGGAUGUUUUAUGUUCUCUUGCAAUGAUCUACACCUAUUAUGAGGCUCCUAAAAACUUUGGUAAGGCACUUCAACUCUAUGAUAGAAUUUUAAUUGAUAAUCCUCAAAAUGUGCAAGCAUUAGUAGGGAAAGGUUUGAUUUUAGUUGAAAAGGACCAAUUGAUUGAUGCAAAGGACUUAUUACAAAAUGUUGUCACUGCAUUCCCGCAAAAUAUUCAAGCCAAGCUGGAACUUUCAUGGUGUUUGGUGAGAUUAGGAGAUGUUGAAGCUGGUAGAAAGGGACUUGAAGAGUGUGUCAAUCAAAUUAAGGGUGCUGACUUGCAUAGUGGUGAAACAAGAGCCAUCUUAUAUUGGAGAAUUGCUGAAAGUUAUAAAGGUCAUGACUCACAUGCGGAAGUUUACUCAUGUCUUAUUCAAUCACUAAAGGAAAGUAAAAACUUUGCACCAUCCUAUACCUCUUUAGGAGUCUUGUAUAACAAUAGUUAUAAUGACAAGGCACGGGCACAGAAAUGUUUUUAUAAGGCAUUUGAAUUAGAUGUUGGUGAAAUUACUGCUGCAAGAUACCUUGUUGAAGAACUUUCAUCGAAUAAUGAAUGGGAUGUUGCUGAAGUUUUGUGUAAAAGGAUCGUCAGCACUGAAAGAUCUAGAAGGAAACUUUUAGGAACUAGCACUUCCAAAACAGAUGAUAACUCAUGGCCAUAUAGAGUUCUUGGAUGCUCCGCGCUUAAUAAGCAAGAAGAUGAUAAGGCUGUCGAAUGGUUCCAAACUGCCUUAAGAAUGACUAGUAUGGAUGUCCAAUGUUGGAUUGGAUUAGGUGAAGCAUAUUUCAACUGUGGAAGAUUGGAUGCUGCUGCCAAAGUGUUGAGACAUACCUUAACCGAAGACAAUUGGGUGGUGCAGUACAUGCUUGGAGUCGUUGUGAGUGAAAUGGGUAGCUUUGAUGAGGCCACUCUUCAUUUAAACAAUGCAUUGAAGUUGAGAGAAAAUGAAGAAUGCAUUGUUUAUGCUUUAUACCAAUGUAAGAUCAAUCAUGCAGUUGCGUUGGUCUCUGGUGGCUUCUAUGGUAGAGCCACAGAACUGGUUUUGACUGCUGUGAAGUAUAUCCAGCAAGCCGUUUCGAUAAAUAAAACUUCCCAAAGUUUAUGGAAGGCACUUGGUGAUUGUUUGAGAGUAUUCAUGAUUGUCAAGGCCGAGGAAUUACCAAUUGAAGAGUUGAAGAUUAUCUUGGAAUCUAUUGAAAUUGACAAAUCUAAUGCUUUUAUGGAAGAAUUGUCCGAAAUUGAGAUGGCUGGAGUUGAUGCUACUGCUAGUAAUACCUCGGAGGAUUAUAUCGGGGUGGUCUCAGAAUUUACUAUUCGUACUGCCAAGAAUGCAGUAUAUGUUCUUCCUAAUAAGCUGAACAAACUUCUCCGCUCUAUGGUUUAUUACAAUCUUGGUUUGGCAUAUUUAGAAGGAUACAAGACUACUUUCAAGUCCUCUUUUAGAGAUGCAUCCAUUAAGGCUUUGAAAAAGGCAAUUCAAUUGGAAGGUAACAAUGCUACUUAUUGGGUUUCUUUGGGUAAUGCUUUCACUUCAACCAACCCUCAGAUAGCUCAACAUUGUUUCAUCAAGGCUACUUCUUUGGAAACAAGAGAUGCGGAUGUGUGGACAAAUCUUGCAGCAUUAUAUUUGCGUUAUGGUGACCAUGAACUUGCUGAAGAAGCGUUUUUAAGAGCUCUGUCUGUUGCUCCACAGCAACCUCAAUCUUGGUUGGGACAUGCUCUUGCUGCACAGAAUUCGGGUAAGACUAAUGAUGCUUCUCGUUUAUUCACUCAUGCUUACAUUUUGGCAAAUGGAAGAUCUCCAUUAGCCCAACUUUUGUAUGGCCUUUCUGUUCUUCAAGCUAGACUACAUACUGGAUGUGAUCCACGAGAUGUAGAAGCAGCUCAAGAAUUCAGUAUUGCUAACUUUGCAAUGACAAACUACAUCAAGAACUCACCACAUGAUGAGCUUGGGCUUACUGUUGCCCUUACUAUCAGUGAGAGAUGUCAAGAUUACGAGACUGGUAUCGAUAUUGGUAAUCGUUUAGCCGACAUGAUGGAAAGGGAAUAUGAAAACUCAGAAAGUGAUGUGGCAUUGACCAAAUUUGCGCAAGCAAAGGCUCUGGUGGGUAGAAUGUAUUUGGGAGUUGGAGAUUAUGAGAAGGCUCUUGAAAACGCGCAAUUUGCCUUGAGUAUUGUAGAAGAAGAAGAAGGCUCUGAAUUUGACACUUUGGUUCUUUCUGCCAGAAUCACUAUUGGACUUUCAUUUUUUUUCAAUGAUCAAUUCGAUGAUGCACUUGAACAAUUGAAAUACAUCUUAACCAAACGUUCAGACUCUCAAAGAAUUGUUACUUUAACUGCUCAAAUCUUGUAUACUUACAAUAAUGAGGAGACUAAACAAGCCGCAAUUGAUCAACUUUUCGCUCAUAUUGAAGAAUUUGGUUCGUCCUUACUUGUCGUUCUUACUCUUGGUGCGAUCUCAAUUGUUGAUAACUUGGAUGAAUACAUGGGCGCCAUCCGUGAAGAACUCCAAGGAUUGUCAUUACAAGAACUUGUUGAAGAUAAUGUCCGAGUUGUGCCACAAUUAAUCAGUGAAAUCAAUAAUAGAUUGGAUCAAAACACUGAAGAUGUACGCACUUGGCAACGUAGUGCUGUCUUAUUCCCACAAGACUAUAAUAUCUGGAAACGGAUAAACUCUAGAAUGGCACUACAAGUCGCUACAUUGGAUGAUUCAAAGCUCACUGCAAGUGAAACUUCAAACGCCUACAAGGAAAUUGGAAAACUUCGUUCUAUUCAAAGAAGUUUAGUAUUGAAUCCAGAAAAUGUGGAAGCCAAAAAAGCUUUACUUAGUUUUUUAUAA